AUGCUUCGAAUGAAGGUCCCGGACUGGAAGUGCGUGUUUACUCAGAUCCAACUCUACUACAAGCGCUUCCAGCUGAUGGGUGGCAAGGGGGCGCAUGUAGAGCCAACCGGCAGCUGCAUGCCGAGCCCAGCCUCAGCGCCCUCGAGCUCGGACCAGACUCCAGUUCCAGUCGUCCCCGAGGAGGCAAGAAAAAAUGACUAA